UUCCAGUCGCCUCACAGCCACAUUCCGUACGGUGUAGAUGGCUCUGGAUUCUACUCGGACAACACAAUCGGCUGCUACAACGUGAUCUUAGAGUCAGCGCCUCUCAUGUUACAAUGUAUCAAGUCGGCGUCUGUAACUCCUGGUUCUGUGUUCACCAUCGCCGACUUUGGCUGUGCGGAUGGAGGUACCUCUAUGCCACUGCUCUACGCAUGCGUGAAAGAACUGAGAGAAAUUCAUGGUGACAGUCUACCUAUUCACGUGAUUUAUGAAGAUCAACCAGUAAAUGAUUUCAAGUCUUUGUUUCUUCGGUUGCAAGGUAUUCUGAGUGUUGUCUAGAAACUGCUAAAAAUGGUCGUGUUUACAUUCAACGUCUAGCGAGGAAGUGAGACUCGUACACCAUGCAUACAUUGCAUGUGGUACAUAGUGUCUAAGGGUGGAUUUCCACUGUCACUUAAUUUUUACGUGCCUACGCGCCUAAAAAUUACGUGCGUAAAUGAAAUGGAGGUUACGUAUGAAAAGCCGCGCGCAGACGUAAAAGUUGAGCAAGGUUAAACUUUUUUCCUAUUUUUGCGUUGUUCUUUGCCUUGUGCACAACGUUUCCAAUGAUAACAGACUAAUUUGCGCGUGUGUCAAAAUACUAAUUAUUCGACAUAUUUGCAUUUUUCAAAAGAUCAGAAUGAGCGCUAGUCCAUUUGUGGGAGAAGAGGCCUAAGAUCAAUCUGUAACUGCCAUAUUUUCCAAUUCUUUCGCAGGACUUAUACCCGGUCCAAAAAGCUAUUUUCUAGACUUCUCUAACGUGUUUGUCACUACGUGUGGUACCAGCUUCUACAGCCAAUGUCUGCCCCCUCAGUCUAUAAAUUUAGUAUUUUCCGCCACCGCCAUGCACUGGUUGCGAGAGAAGCCUUGUGACGUCACAGGAGCGUUGCAUCACACAAUGAUAACUGUUCCAGAAGAGGCGGAAAGUUUUAGAAUCCAGGCUGCAAAGGAUUGGGAAACACUCUUACUGGCUAGGGCCAAGGAGAUGGCUUCGGGUAAAUAGAAAAAUACAGACCCUGUUCUCACCAACCUCGUCCCCAGGGCUUUUCCCUUAAAAAAUGGGUGGGGCGGCGCGGCACGAGGCUGGGUUCUCACGUCUCCGGAUAUUUUUAAAAACAGAGAUUUUUAUCCUCCGUUCUACUUUCCAUCCGCACGUAAACGGCGUUUUCGGGUACCAAAAACGUGGGUUCUCGAACGGUCCCCAGAGUGGAGUUUCUGUAAACGCCGGUUUAUCGUUUUCGUGUGGACGGACGUAAACGAAGGUUUUUGAAUGCGAUGAUGUCAUACAUCAUACAGCGCAUGCCCUGAAAGGUAUGCUAUCGUAUGUCCAUCGUUUCCGCGCUUUCAUGUGGACGGACAAAAAAGAAUCGAGUAAGCUACAUUUGGACGCGUAUUUUUCGAAGAAAAGCGAAAAAAAAUUCUCCGUUUUCAGAAAUAUCCGCAUACGUUUGGAGACCCAGCAGUCAAAUCACUUCUGUUCGAUAGAGACACGUUACUCUGCCUGGGAGUGUACAAAUUUUCACGAGAAGAAGCUCCCCCCCUCCUCCCUCAGGUUCAGAUGCUUAACAUCUCGUACACCUCUGUUGAACAAAAAGGUACUCUUUUAAUCCACAGAAUAUGGUACCCAUUUCGUAUACCUAUAGAAGUGUUAUUUUUGGUUCAUCACUGAGCGACUUUGCUUUGACUAUUCUCUUAAUUUACUCAAAUGUAUCCCGAUAAGUUAGCACUUAAGUGCAUCUUUGUGAGGGACUUCAAAGUUGCUAUGUCACGAAGUUAACAAACUUCAGACAGUUAGAGCUUCCACCAAAUUGCGUGCAACUUAAAAAUAACCGCUCAGAACACUAAAAGAAGGUAUAAAUAACACAGCAAAUAGAAAAGAAGGCACAGAUGGACAAAGAAGAAGAUUGAAACGGACUGCAAUUGCGGUUCUUAAAAACUUGUAAGCCUAGCAGUUUUUCAAAGGCCAUUUUUGUUAUUUUUCAUGUUUGAUAUAAUGCUUUGUGAGAGAUAUUUGUUUGAUACGAAGCUGUGAUUUUGCUACUUAAUUACAAGUAAAUACCGUAAAAUUCCGAAAAUAAUGUCCUCCACGUAUAAGCCCCUCCAAAUACAAGUCCCCCAAAUUCGUAACCCAAAAAACCCCUCGUUAAAUCGCCCCUCCGAAUAUAAGCCCCCCGGGGGGCUUGUACUUGGAAUUUGCCCUCGAAUACAAAGUAAAACAAAGCAAAAAAUGGUAAGUUUCCUUCCCACUACAAGCUAGCCCAAUCGAUUUUGAAACGAAAAUUUCCCUCCGUACAUAAGGCCCUCCGAAAAUAAGCUCCUCCAAAAAUAAACCGCUCAAAAAGGGCCUUUGAAAAAUAUAAGCCCUGGGACUUAUUUUUGGAAGUUUACGAUACCUCGCUAACGUCACAUUCCUUAGCUAAUAAAAACGCGUUAUUGGCAAUCUGAUCAACCCAAUGAACUAGACUGCCUUGACACAUGCCGUCCUUUAAAAAACCUGGCGAUGCAACUGCACUGCCUCAUAUGGUAGGUUACCUAAUUCGUUUCUUUUCGUCAAUUAACUCUAGUAAUCUCUACCCUUAGGCGUUCUCUAGCGAUCCCACUGUAUUCCAGCGUGCCAAGGCUGACGGUGUUUACAGACUUUUCUCAGUAAUGGCGAUUUUCAGAUAAAUAGUUGUUCCCUUUUCUAUCUUUUGAUUAAGGCGGAAGAAUGGUCCUUGUUCAGUUCGCUGUAGAUGAUGAAGGACAGUAUCUUGGAGCAACGAAAAAUGUCCCUGUUUCCAUGCAUCGAACUAUGAGAGACUUGUGGAAAGGACUCCUCGACGAGGGCCUUAUAACGCAGGUCAGAUGUUCUCUUCUUAACCAUUGUUACUCCCCGAAAUCCAGUCAAACACCCAACAAUAAAAUUAAUUGGGAUCUUGGUUCAGUCUUCCCUUCGCGCUGUUGUCGUGGUCCACGUUGUUGUUGAUGAUGUUUUAGGGGUGAGGGGCAUGUGCACUUGGCUACUUUGUGAGAGGUGUGGCAUGAGUACCCGUGCACAGCUUAAGUUCAUGAUAAGCGGACAAUUUUUGCCUGAUUCCUAAUCUGAUUUAGACUUUCUCUGGUCGAAAACCUUUUUUUCUGUAAUUGUCGAAAAAUACCUCAUCUUAAAAGCUCAUAUUGUACAUCAAAUGGGCAAUGAAACAACUAAUUUGCUUCAUCGGUUGGUAAACACUGCGAGUGAUUCAUCUUGUUGACGAGAAAAUUUACAGUAUCUCUUUUUGCAGGAAGAGUUUCACCGAACUACGUUUGUCAAUUACUAUCGGACUGUAGAAGAGUUCAAGACCCCAUUUGAAUCAUCGGAUUCUCCCGUAAGCAUGGCUGGUCUGUCGCUGGUUUCCAUAGAAACCAAAGUAGUACCAUGCCCUUAUAGGGAAAAGUGGUUGCAAAAUCGGGGUGACGCAGCAAAGCAUGCGCGGUGGUUUAUGCCAACAACGAGGAUCUGGAGUAAUGCUACGUUUACUUCCGGUAAGAGAAAAGUUGCUCUAUCAGACAAAUUGUUAAGUCUUUAUCAGAUAUAA